AUGGCACCACAAAACGAAAAGAGCAGUCUUAAACGAGGCAGGGCUAGCACUAGGGAUGAACAGGACGUCAAGAAACCUCGACGGUCCACUAGAAUAUCUUCGCAGUCACAUCCCAAAUCUCCUUCUACUCCCGUCAUCAAUAAAGGUUAUCUUCCAUCCCCUCUGACCAACCAAGCAUCUACAGCAACGGAGACUUACAAGGACGGUACUGUGACUCCGCCGGAGGGUAGACCCAGCCAGAUCAGACAUCAUACACCUGCCUCUUCCCCUAGGCUCAAUGCACUUUCAUCGCCUCCAGGUGAUACACAACCACUCUCCCAGUUCGUCUUCCCUCCUCGAGAUCUUGGUGACAGCGAUGAGGAGCCGGACGAGAGUACGUGGGGCUACCUACACCCAUUGGAUGAGCGCUGGGGAAAGAAGUUGAUAAUGAAAAAGCGGCCGGCUUGUCCAGCCCCUGCAGCGCCCCUUGAGAAAGCCAGGCUUAAGCAUAAAAAGCAGGAUCGGCCCACUGGUAAUCUGGCGAAGGAUGAAGAAAGGUAUGAAAAGACCAAGAGGGAAGUUGGAUUCCCUGCGGGGGGGUACCUAAUUGGUCGGCACCCAGAAUGCGACGUGCUCGUUGAUAUCCCAACAAUAUCAAACAGGCAUUGCCUUUUGUUCAGCGAACACAAACAUGGCGAAACCAUCGCAGUCUUGGAAGACCUGUCUAGCAAUGGUACCUUUGUCAAUGAAGCAAUAGUUGGUCGCAACAAGAGACGGGAGCUUGAGGACGGAGACGAGAUCACCAUAGUCGAUGAAGCAAGAUUUGUGUUUAGAUACCCUCGGCGCCAACGCGAAUCCAGUGCGUUCCGAUCUCAAUUCCGAAUGCUGCAACAAUUGGGCAAAGGCCAUUUCGCGUCUGUCUAUCUCUGUAUUGAAAAGGCCACGGGAUUCAAAUACGCUGUCAAGAAAUUCGAAAGACGCAUGGGCGACUCUCAGCGGUCACAAACAGAGGGCCUGCAGCAAGAGAUUGCCGUCUUGAUGAGCGUCAGUCAUCCCAAUGUUCUGUGCCUGAAGGAGACAUUCGAUGAAGCAGACGGGGUAUAUCUGGUUCUCGAGCUUGCGCCAGAAGGAGAAUUGUUCAAUUGGAUCGUGAUGAAACAAAAGCUCUCGGAAGAGGAGACUCGAAAGGUCUUCAUUCAGCUGUUUCAAGGAAUCAAGUACCUGCACGAACGCAACAUUGUUCAUCGCGACAUCAAGCCAGAGAACAUUUUGUUGACCGACAAGAACCUCUCGGUCAAGCUGGCUGAUUUUGGCUUGGCGAAGAUCAUUGGCGAACAGUCCUUCACGACCACACUCUGUGGCACCCCAAGCUAUGUUGCUCCUGAGAUUCUGGCUCAAACUCGCCAGCGUAAAUACACCCGUGCUGUUGAUGUCUGGUCACUGGGCGUCGUACUCUACAUCUGCCUUUGCGGCUUCCCACCCUUCAGUGAUGAGCUGUACAGCGCCGAGAACCCCUACUCCCUUGCACAACAGAUCAAGAUGGGUCGUUUCGAUUAUCCAUCGCCAUACUGGGACAGUGUUGGAGACCCCGCCCUUGACCUAAUCGACCGGAUGUUGACCGUCGAUGCCGACCUGCGAAUCACAGUGGACGAAUGCCUCAACCAUCCAUGGAUCACUGGAAAGUUGGAUAAUUGGCAGCUUAAUGUCAGUCUGAGUGACAGCACAGACGGCCUGACCGGGCAAUUGAACCAGCUCGACUUCUCGAAACGCAAGAUGGAGCGGCAGAGGACUCUGCUCAGCGCCAUCAACGACGUCAAGAUCAUGAAGAAGAUCCGAGAGGAUGAUCCGAAUUCAUCGGCGCCACCCACAGAGAUCAAAGUGUUUGACAAGAACCCUGAUGGCAAGAAGAGGUUGGCUCAGGAUCUGGCUGGUCAGAAAAAGGUGCCUGCCAAGGAGAACGAUCCAGCAGCUGAGCGGGCUACCGAAGAAUUUAUGGGUAUGGGCGGUAAAGGUGACAUGGCAUUGUUUGACGAUGAUGUCUCGAGCCGGUACCUGCCUCAGGAGGUUCCUCAGUGA